AUGACCAGCCCCAUUCGUGUCACAGCCACAGGAACUGUAGGGGUCCGGAAGACUUGCCAGAGGCUUAGAAUGGAGUUAUCUCUGCCUGAAACUACGCUGACCGUGAAUCCAAACACUGCAGACACUGGAGAGACAGUAACUCUGACAUGUUCAGUGGGAUCUGACAGUGGCUGGAGGUAUACAUGGUACAAAGACAACACUAAGAAAGUAGUGACCUUGUCUAGCAGACACACUACAACAGGAGCCACCUUCACCAUCAGUAGAGCUGCUGAGUCGGACCAGGGUCUCUACUGGUGUCAGGGAGAGAUCCAGUCCAGACCCACAUGUGUAACUCCUGGACCCUCUACAUCAGUCCUAGUAGGAGUGGUUGUGGGCCUGGUUAUUGCUGGUGUUCUACUGGCCAUUCUCCUGGUACUGCUGUGUCGAUAUAAAAACGCCAUAGGCCCCCCCAGCCCCAGAGGACCAACCUUGACCCCCAACAGGACCAAGGAUCUACCCAGGGCCAGGCUCCUGGUGCUGAGUGGCGCUAACAUCUAUGAUACAAUCACUCCCUCAGACAGUAAUGACAGUGAUGCUGAUGCUGCUACUACUGGAUCAAGUGAUGUGACUUACACACAGAUUCAACUCAAAAGGUUGGACAAGAAGAAGAAAACUGAUCCAACAGAAAAUCCAGUCUAUUCUGAGGUCAAGACAGGGAAGACCACAGCAGCAACUGGACCUGUUGAUGUGACCUAUGCUGAGGUUGACCUUAAACAGAAGGCCAAAGCCAAGAAGAAGAAAGAAACAUUAACCCCACCUGAGGCAGAUUCGGUCUAUUCUCAAUUGAAGCCAGGCACAGCCCCAGACAGACACCCAGCAGCCCAGUCAUUGUCACUGCUCUUGAGAAACAGAAACAGAUUGCCACGGAGACCACAAAUCACAGGAAGUGACAUCACCACAAGAUGUUACCUGAAACGUAGAAGAGGGGCCUUUAUAUUCAGUGGAGAGUCUGUCACUCUCAGAUGUCACAUACAAAGGGGAGAAGUCACUGACUGGGAAUACACAUGGAGCAAGGAUGCUGUAGCCUUAUUCAGUAGGGAGCAUAAAUAUGAGAUCAGUGAGGUUAUGAUUUCAAACAGUGGAGACUACUCGUGUCUGGGUAAACAUAUUGAUAAUGGGACGGAUUCUAUGUGGAGUGAUGCAGUCAGACUGACAGUGACAGCUCUUCCUGAAACUACACUGACCGUAAAUCCAAACCCUGCAUACAAUGGAGAGACAGUAACUCUGACGUGUUCAGUGGGAUCUGACAGUGGCUGGAGGUAUACAUGGUACAAAGACAACACUAAGAAAGUAGUGACCUUGUCUAGCAGACACACUACAACAGGAGCCACCUUCACCAUCAGUAGAGCUGCUGAGUCUGACCAGGGUCUCUACUGGUGUCAGGGAGAGAUCCAGUCCAGAUCCAUAUCAUCAAUCAUCAGUGAUCCUGUCACAAUCACUGUGAAAUCUCUUCCCACGGCCUCAGUGAAAGCCUCUCCACGCGGUCCCCUCUAUUCUGGAGAGACAGUCACUCUGCAGUGUGACAUAUCAGACUACAGAGUCUGGACGUACCGCUGGCACAGAGACAACCAUCUGCUUCCCAUUCCGACCAGUAAAACCACCACCAUCUCUCUCCCUGACCAGGCUGGUCAGUACCAGUGUGAGGGGACAAGGACAAGACGGCCCGAGAGGACAUAUCUCAGCUCAUCUCUCACCAUCGUUGUUGCUG